AUGCUAAGUCCCUUUACUUUCAACACUGGGAUUCUUUGUUCUGUCCUGAGAAAGUCUGUUGCGAUAAGGAGUAGAUCUCUCCAUUUGACUCCCUUGUUCUAUAAUAAUGCGGCGAGUGGUAGUGGUGGAUCUCUUCUGGGUAAGUUGAAUGAGAAGUUUGAUAUUGAGAAGGAUGAUAGUCCCGAUAAGAUGUCUAAUUUGUUAGUGAAUCAAGGAGAUGAAGGAUCUGAUGGUAAAUUGACCAAGAAGAAGAAGGAUUCCAUUACUAUGGAAAGUGAUGGAGAAUUACAGAAAUAUAUUAAGAGUUUACGACCUUCUGAGAAGUUGGCACCUCAUCUGUUGUUAAGUCCCUUGAAGAGAGAAAUUUACGAAGAGAAUUGUAAACUUAAUGAUGGGUUUUACAAAGAGGAGACGGUAGUGACUUUACCUUCCACGAAACAGCAAUAUAAAUUACAUUUAACUCGUAGGGAGAUUGAUGUGUUGGAGCCAUCCGUUUAUUUGAAAUCGUUUAGGAUCAAAUCGUCGAUGAAGAAGGCAACGUUAUUGCUAAGGAUGCUUAAUGGGUUGGACGUUAAGAAGGCUUUAACUCAAUGUCAUUUUUCUCAAAAGCAGAUUGCUCGUGAUGUUGCUGGAUUGUUAGAGAGGGGUAUUACAGAUGGUGAGAAGUUAGGGUUAGAUGCAGAUGAUUUAUAUAUUUCACAGAUUUGGACUGGUAGUGAUGGUAAAUGGUUGAAAAGGAUAGAUUAUAAGGCUCGAGGUAGAACUGGUGUGUUGAGACAUCGAUAUGUUCAUGUGAGAUGUAUAUUGAAGACGAAGAGUGUGACGAAGAAGAGAUUGGCUUAUGAGGCAGAAUUGAAAUUGCAGAGAAGAAAGCCAUGGGUUCAAUUAGCUGAUAAACCAGUACGUGGUGUGACGGGAGGUGUUUAUAAAUGGUGA